UAUUAUGUACAAAAAUAAUCCAAUAAAAAUUAGAAAACCUGCUCCAAAUUUUAGUGGAGAAGCUUAUUACAAAGAUGGAUUCAAAAAAGUUAAUUGAAUUCAUAUAUGUUAGAUUUCAUUAAAAGAUUUUAAAGGCAAAUAUCUAAUAAUGUUUUUUUAUCCAUUUGAUUUUACUUUUGUCUGUCCUACAGAAAUCAUUGCUUUUUCUGACAGAGUUGAAGUAAUUGUUUUGAUCUUAAUUCUUAAUAGGAAUUCAGAAAGAUUGGAUGUGAGGUGGUGGGAAUAUCUACAGAUUCCCAUUUCUCACAUAUGAAAUAUUGUUAAACUCCAAGAAAUCAAGGUGGAGUAGGAAAGCUCAAUAUUAUGUUAAUAUCUGAUAUUGGAAAAGUUAGAAUAGAUUCUAAUAAUAAUAGAACAUUUCAACUAGUUAUGGAUGCUUGAUAGACGAUGAGAAUGAUGAAGAAUAUGGAGCAUCGUUUAGAGGAACCUACAUUAUUGAUAGUAAAGGAAUUUUGAGACAUUAUUCAGUUAAUGAUACUUCAGUUGGAAGAAAUAUUGAUGAAUAUUUAAGGUAAAUUUAAGAAUAUUAAUAAAGAUUGAUUGAAGCAUUUAUUUAUACUGAUACACAUGAUGAAGUUUGUUAAGAAUCUUGGAAGCCAGGAGAAUAGGGAAUUAAGGUUGGUAAAUAGAGAAUUACGAAAUCAAAUUCUUCAGCUUGUUGUAUUAUGAUUUGA